AUGGAAUGUCCGAAGAUUGAAUUAGAAACGAAUUCAGAUGCGUGCAAUUGGACUAAAGAGGUUAAAGGAGGACCUCGGGAUGCAGAAAAAGAUAGAUCAGAACUGCCUCAGAUACUGUUUAUAACGUCGAGUCUCUAUAAGUACAAUGCAUUUCGGGGGUUUUUAGGAGUUCCUGUGAAACUGGUCAGCUUAGAGAUGGAGGAGAUACAGGGGAGCAAGGACGAGAUAAUCAUGGACAAGCUUCAAAAGGUAAGGCAUCUUGUCACCAAAUCGAACUUUGUGUUUGUAGAUGACACCAGCAUCCACAUGGAUGGACUAGGAGGAUUUCCAGGGCAGUAUGCAAAGGACUUUCUAAAGAUUGGAAUUCCAAAAGUAUUGGAGAUUGCCUCAAAGGUUGGGGGAGGAUGUGUGUACUCUACUAUUAUUGGAGUGAUGCAUAUGGAGGAAGAGAAGAUUGUUAGCAAAUUGUUUUCUGGGGAGGUUACAGGAAGCAUCAUACAGAGGGAGGGAUUUGAGUCCAAUGAGUUUAAGGAUUUCUUCCUUCCUAAGAAGGAAGAGUGUGAGGGAAUUCCAAGCUCGAUAGGAAGGGUUAACAUAGGAAGAUACAAGGCUGUUGAAAAGGCCAAGAAAUAUUUAAUUGGAAUUGGAGUGUAUGGGCUGUUGGGUGGAAAUUAA